AUGCUGAGAGAUCUGAUGACAGAGAUGAUGGAUCUGAGUAGUGAUGUGGGUGGACCAGGUAUUCCUCUCCUGGACUAUAAGACGUAUGCGGAGCGCGUGUUCUUCCCCGGCCAGAGGGGGGCGCCACUGAGUCAGAACCUGGACCUGCCAGAGUCCCGCAGACGGACGGUGGAACAGGGCCUGGGACAACUCAACAGUCUCCUCAACAACAGACUGUUCCUUAUCAAGUUCAUCCACACCCUGGAGGCCCAGCAGAACUUCUCCCAGCGUGACCGUGGCUACGUGGCGUCUCUCCUGACCAUGGCCCUGCACGACAAGCUGGAGUACUUCACUGAUGUCAUGAAGACCUUACUGGGAGACCUGGUGCAGCAAUACGUCGCCAAGAACCCCAAACUCAUGCUGCGCAGGACGGAGACGGUGGUGGAGAAGAUGCUAACCAACUGGAUGUCCAUCUGUCUCUACUCCUUCCUCAAGGAGGUGGCUGGGGAGCCCCUGUAUAUGCUGUACAGAGCCAUCAAGUACCAGGUGGAUAAGGGGCCAGUAGACGCUGUGACGGGGAAGGCCAAGCGUACUCUGAACGACAGCCAUCUACUCAGAGAGGACAUCGACUACUGCUCUAUUACUCUGACGGUGAUGGUGAAGAGUGGUGUGGAGGUGCAGCCGUGUCCGGUCAAGGUGUUGGACACCGACACCAUCACACAGGUCAAAGACAAGAUCCUAGACCAGAUCUAUAAAGGAGCUCCCUUCUCACAGAGACCUGCUGCAGACUCACUAGACCUGGAAUGGCGAUCGGGACAGGCGGGUCACCUGACACUGUCAGACGAUGACGUCACAGCGAUCGUCCAGGGGCGCUGGAAGAAACUCAACACUCUGCAGCACUACAAGGUGCCAGACGGAGCUACAGUGGCUCUGAUCCCCAGAUCAGCUGCUGUCAUGGGGAUACCCCAGGUCUACCAGACUGGAGAGAAGAUCCCCAUGUUGGAGGGGGAGGAGGGGCUGAGGCUGUGGCACCUGGUGAAGUCCAGCGAGGAACCAGAGAUCCCCAAACACAGGAAGAGCAGCAUGAGAGAGAGGGAGAGAGCCAAGGCCAUACCAGAGAUCUACCUGACACGUCUACUAUCUAUGAAGGGGACGCUGCAGAAGUUUGUAGACGAUGUGUUCGUAGCCAUUCUCAACACCAAGCGCCCUCCUCCCAUCGCUGUUCGCUUCUUCUUUGACUUCCUGGAUGACAUGGCGGAGAAACACGGCAUCGACGACCCCGAGACCGUACACAUCUGGAAGACGAACAGCCUGCCUCUGAGGUUCUGGGUCAACAUCCUGAAGAACCCUCAGUUUGUGUUUGACGUCCAGGUGACCGAUAGCGUGGACGCUGUCCUCUCUGUCAUCGCUCAGACGUUCAUCGACUCCUGCACCACCUCCGAACACAAAGUCGGACGGGACUCUCCAGUGAACAAGCUGCUCUACGCCAGAGAGAUCCCCAGAUACAAACAGCUGGUUGAGAGGUAUUACAGUGACAUCCACAGUGCAGCGUCUGGCUGUUACCAAGAGAUGAACUCUACUCUAACAGAGCUGUCUGGGAGUUUUGGAUCAGACAUGAACAGUCUGGUGGCUCUGCUUGAGUUGUAUAAGUACAUCAACAAAUACUACGACCAGAUCAUCACGUCUCUGGAGGAGGAUACCGCUGGACAGAAGAUGCAGCUGGCCUAUCGUCUACAGCAGGUCGCCGCCCUGGUGGAGAACAAGGUCACUGACCUUUAACCUCUCACUUCUGACCUGUGACCUAUCGUCUACAGCAGGUCGCCGCCCUGGUGGAGAACAAGGUCACUGACCUCUAACCUCUCACUUCUGACCUGUGACCUAUCGUCUACAGCAGGUCGCUGCCCUGGUGGAGAACAAGGUCACUGACCUCUAACCUCUCACUUCUGACCUGUGACCUAUCGUCUACAGCAGGUCGCUGCCCUGGUGGAGAACAAGGUCACUGACCUCUAACCUCUCACUUCUGACCUGUGACCUAUCGUCUACAGCAGGUCGCUGCCCUGGUGGAGAACCACAGAACGUUACAGCAGAGAACGUGAAACACUCUGAUCCACUUCCUCAUGUUUUUUUCCCCCGGGAUCGAGGCCCACUCUUGGUCUGCAUAUUGCCCCCGCCCGCAGAGGGGGUGCCUCAGAGCGAAACAUCUCACUGGAAAAAUUUAUUCUGGUAGCGGCAGAGUUGUUCCCUCUCUCGCGUGAGCAUGCCAGAAAGGAAACGGCCACUUACACAGAUCGUUUAAAUAAAAUGGCCGGAGUAAACUCUUAUUUAUCCACCAUAUAUGCUUUGUUACGUGUGUGUGUGUGUACAUGGUUCUGAAGUUGCUUCCAGAGGCAGUUUGUAACUCGGUAGUGAGUGUUGCAACCGAGGACAGAUGAU